AUGCCUGGCGAUGCGGAACUAGACCAUAGUCGCGGGGAACCUUCCCCGCACAACCGGAAGCGGGGGGACGCGGAGGAGGUGGAUGUUGACUGCAGCGGACUGGCAAGUGUAGACUCAGGGAAUGCCGAGGACGAGAGCGCUGCGGGCUUUUUUGUCGGUAGCGCCAGGCAGAUAUGGUAUCCGACGCAGUGCGCGACGAAACGGAUGCGAGGCGCAGCGGAAUCAAGCACGAUUAUGGCGGAGGGCGGGGGAGCGGGAGGGGCGAAGAUGGGGCAAGGGGACGCGGGGAAAGAAAGACAUGGAUGGGAGGCGCGGGGAAGGGAGGCAGAGGCAGCGACGGAAAGGCAGGCGAGGGGGGGAUUCGCUGAUAGCGAGGAAAGUGCCGGGGGGGGCGGUGGCGCGCGGGAUGGCUGUGGCGCGCGCGAGACAUUCGGGGGAGGCGGAGGAAUCAGGAGGGCGAGGGAGGAGGUGAAGCGAGAGAUGGUGGAGGUGGCGCUGCAACGCGGUGGGUGUGAGGGCGCACAAGCAUUCGUGCGCAUACCCCCGUGCCUGUAUGCGCCAGCACCGUUUCAUCCUGCGCCCGGGGCGGGGAGUGAGGCACAGGGGCAGAGUCGAGGAGGGAAGGAGGCAGGGGAUAGUGGUGAGUGCGAGGGGGGAAAUGCUCGAGCAUGCGUGGCACAGGGGCAGCAUGGAGGGGAGAAUGAGGGGGGCCAUGUGGGGGAGAAGGUGAGAUGGGGGGAGCAAACGUCGGGAGAGCAGGCAUCAGGUGCGAAGGCAUGUGAGGAAAUGUUGCAACGAGGCAGUGAGAGAGGGGACGAGGGGGGGAGGCAGGAGAUGCGGCAGGGGAGCAGCGCAAGUGGUGGUGGUGGAGGGGCAAGGGGAGCAGACGGGGUAAUGAGCACUCCACCUCCUCACAAGCACACGCCAUGCUCACCUGACGGCCCUGUGUCAUGCGCACUCGAGAAUCCCGUUCCAUGCCCCCCUCGUGACCCUGUGCCAUGCGCCGAAACGACGGUGCAGUGCACUGACAAGGUCACAGCACUGCCCAUGCCCAUGGCGCCUGAGAGCCGCCCUGAGCAUUGCUCUGAGCGUCGCUCUGAAGAUGGCUCCGCUGUGCGUGAGGAACAACAGCCUCAACGUGGCAGCAAUAUCCCUGGCUGCCCCCUGCCACGACUGGUUGCAGAGGCAGAGAGAACAGGCGGUGAUCCGGCUCCCUCUCGUGCUGCGACGGCUCAUGUGAAUGAUGCAGGUGCUGCUGCUCAUGCGGACCCGCCCGCGCCGCCUCCCAACAGCACUCCACUGCCACGUCAGCAGGAGGUUCCACGUCAGCAACAGCCUGCGUGCGACAAGUCAGCACAAGCAGAGCCAGGCAAUGUCGCGGGCACGAGUGAGGAAGCAAGGGACGAAGAGGCUACUGCUGUUCCAUACCAUGUGCUUGCCGCUCGUGUGUUUGCGGAAUUGCGGGACUUGAUGCUUGAUACCCACGUGGCUCAUGAGGACUUGGAAGCAGUUGUGAAUGAGGCUGUGAUGACGUGGCAUCCAGACGUGCGGGCCAUGGCUCGAGAGAGUGUGUGGGAUGCGGGGAAGGCCACGGUUGCGAGGGUCGAAGGGAAGGUUGGGAUUUCAAUGUUGGCUUUGCGGAAGAAGCUACAAGCAUCCAUUGAGGAUUUGGAUAAAAGGCUUGAGAACGAGGAGGAAGAAGAAAGAAACGGCUUGUGA